AUGGAUAGUUGGCCACAGCUGCGAUCGUCUCGCAGCGAACAUCAGCUGGCGCAGGAUCAUCGAAUAUAUGCUUUAUUGGAGGAAAUGAGACCUGGCCGUGCCAUUGUUCCUAAUUCGCCAACUACUAUUCUUGCAACAAACUCUGCUUCACUUCCUAAAUAUCAUGAUAUCUAUCCGUCGUCCAACAAACAAAGUGCUCCUCCAGCAUAUAAUGUAAUUUUGCGAAACAAAAGAACUACAACUAAUAAUGCAAGUCGGAUGUCCUCUGCUUGCUGGGAUCCUCCUGCAACUUCUAGACGUGAGCACUCCUUAUAUGGCAGCCCUCGUGAUAAGAAACGUGAUUCGCGUGUUAUAAGUCGUAUAUCUUUGAAUUUUAAUAAUAAUAAUAAUCAUAAUGAUAUAAGUGAAGCUAAUGGAUCAUGUGGAUCAAAUGAAACUCCUUCGAAUGAGGAGAAUCAUGUUGGCAUUACGCGUAGAAAUACUCCCAGACAAGCCUCCUUCAUGGCAGCCAUGACUCGGAAGCCCUUAUCAGAUGCUUCUUCAACUAACGAAAUGACAAACAGGACAGAAUCUAACCGGAGACGAACCUUCAAUUGGCAAAGUUCAGUUUCUUCGUUCCUUCAAAACCCGAAGCAAAACCAAAAUCGAAGGACUACUAUCUAUGGAGACGAAGUUAUCACGAAAUGCUCUAAAGACAACGAAGUUACAUCACCUGUUGAGCAAACCAAUAAUGAAGAAAGUGUGAUGCGUCGAGCGCGUCCGAAAUCAUAUGUACUGGCAACAUCGGCUAGCUUACCUGAAACUGAUCAAUCAACUACUUUCAGCCAUGAUGGAACUAGUCGUGAGCUGUCGUCUAUGGGUUCUAUAUCAUCGAUUGAAAACUCUGCUCGAUCCGCUCAAGCUCCACAUCCGCCCGCAACCCAUAGGAUUCAAAAGUUUAUUUCACUAUUCAGUCAGAAAGCAGAAGGUCGCGGUUUACGCCUGAAGCGAUCAAGAACAUCAUUACCUGAAGGUCGCAAUCCAUUACCUGAUAUUCAACUGUAUGCUUUGAAUAUUUCCAAACAGGGCCCUAUUCGUCAUCAACAGCUCGCUUUGGGCAAAAAUGGUCGACGAAAUCAAUGGACUGACUAUUGGGGAAUUUUACAUGAUCAUUUUCUAUACUUAUGUCCACAACAACCCCGAUGCACUUUAGCCGACGGCACAAACGAGAAGAUAUAUUCCCUUUCACCAUGUGAAAGAGUUGAUGUACGAUUUUCUGUUGCCGAUAUCGCCUAUGACUGGCUGACUGAGAAUAAAAAUCGUCAUGUUAUUCGGAUGUUGACGCAAACGAGAUCCGAACAUCUGUUCGAGCUUGGCAGUGAAGUUGAAAUGCUUUCAUGGAUUGCGGUGUUGCAAUCGUCAUCUGAUGGAUCCGUCGUGCCCGCCUCAGUAACGCAGCUGCCAAACUCACUAUCGACAACCUCUUUGGUCUCGUCCUGCUCGUCCGACCGAAAUGCUUUGUCCGGCGUCUCAUCUACCACGAAUCAGCUGAUCAUGCAUAGAUAUAAAGCUAAAAGCUCGCAACUUCAAUCACCUAUUUCAUCGAAGCGUACGCAAGAACAUAUGAUUCAGCCAAGUACAAGCAAAGAAAACAGCAGCGGCGAAAACGGAGAGCCAACAACACCAAAAUCAGGACGUAAAUGGAAAAAAUCAAAAGCUGGGAAACAGGGUAGCGGCAGUAGUAAUAGUAGCAUUCAGCCGUUGAGCAAUGUCUUAGGUGUUCGUUUAGCAGAUUGUGCAUUUGCUCCCGAAGAACAUGUUCCUCUUGUUGUUCAAAUGUGCGUAACGGUUGUUGAAGCACAUGGAAUGGAUACGGUUGGAAUAUAUCGUAUCCCUGGUAACACGGCUGCCGUCAAUGCAUUAAAGGAUACAUUAAGUCAUGGAAUCGACAAUGUCAGCGUUGAAAAUAUGGAUUUCUCAGAUCCUAGGUGGCGAGAUGUCAAUGUAGUGUCUUCCUUACUUAAAAUGUUUCUUCGAAAGCUACCUGAGCCAUUACUCACAGACAAACUUUAUCCCUUCUUCAUUGAUGCUAAUCGAAUUACUAAUCGUCAUAACCGUUUGCAUAAGCUUCGAAAUUUACUCCGAAAAUUGCCUCGGCAUCAUUAUUUCACAUUACGGUAUAUCAUUCGUCACUUAGCUUGCAUAACUCAGCAUUCCGAUGUGAACAAGAUGGAAACAAGAAAUCUCGCUUUAAUGUUCGGUCCAUCUAUCGUUAGGCCUUCUGAUGAUAACAUGGCAACAAUGGUUACGCAUAUGAGUGAUCAAUGCAAAAUUAUAGAAACACUUGUUCAUUAUCAUGAUUGGAUGUUUGAUGAUAGCUCAACAGCAGAAGAUUCUGUUCCUGAACCUCACCCAUCCGAAACAAUUACAUCAGUGAAUGACCAUCCACAAUAUGGAGUAGGAUUACCGUCAGCAGUUUCUGCCGCUACUUUUAACGAUAUGCAUAAUCUUAUCCGUAAAGCCAACGAAGAUCAAGCAGCUGCUAUGAUGAGUGAAGGGAAAACAGGCAAGAUCAAGAAUAUGCUGAGGCGAAAUUCACGACGUGAUAAAUCAAGAGGCAAACUCAAAAUUGAAUCAACAGCUCCUGCUGCGACACAUCCACGUUAUUCCUCGUCCACACAACAAUCAAGUGUUGAUAGCGCUUUCGUUGGAAACUACCAGGAGCGUGAUAUUGAUGCUGAAAUAUUAUCUCGACAAACUGUUUCGCCUUUAGCAUCAACAGUAGACCAAUCUCCUUCCAUGGAAUCGUCGUUAGGCUCUAUCCCUGACACUAGUAGAACUGAUCCCGGCCUCUCUUGUGCAUCCGAUGCUGAAGAGAGAAGGCGACGUCAACAGGAUAUGUAUUCCGCUCGUCGUAUAUUCAUAGCUGGUCCAGAAGCUGAGUCUGUCGCAACUACUGGAGACUCUAAAGCUAUUGAUGCUUUAGUGAAUCAUACACAUCAUCUGAAUAUAGCCAAUAGUCCAGCAUUAGAUGUUUUGUCGGAGGAAACCAGAGAAAAAAUUCGAAAAAUGCAACGAAAACAAAAUUUCAUGGAGAAGCCGAAGGAGGGUCCUGUUAUUCUUGAUAGUAUGAGAGAACCAAGUUCCAAGGUUACUUGCUCGUCUUCUGCCAAAGAUCAAGUUGAUGCCUUAUCCUGUACCUCUGACUAUUCUACCACGAGUUCCGCACCUUUGACAACCCCUCUCGCAGUAGCUUGCGGUGCAGACGCUCCAACAUCAUCUGAUUAUGCGUCUAGUGAUCCUAGCCCAUGUCCCCGAAACUUAUCCACAUCGCCUUAUUCUCGUCCAUCAGCUCUAGCCGUUGUAAAUAACUCUUCCGUCAGUAAUACACCAACGUCUACAACAUCGGCAUGUUCCAGUAAUAAUACAACGACGGCUAUAUCUGAGUCUCGUUGUCAACAGAAAAUUCGAUUACGGACCAAAUCAUCUGUUGUUAACCGCGAAGCUUCUAGGAGGCAUACGCUAUCGGAUGUUGACUUACUUAAGGAAGGCAGAUUGGAUAAACUGGCUCGUUGGUUUGGCUUACGUAAAUCAUCACCUGAUGUCAGACAGGAUCCUCUUAUUGUUCCUCAGUUCAUAUCACCGCCAGCGAUUGUUCGGACAUCGCCCAAUGAGCUAACUCCUGUCAGUGGAGAUGAGUUAUUAUGA